UGCUUAUUGAGUCAAGAAACCUCUACUCUCCUCCUAUUCUAUUUUCUCGUCAAUUUCUCUAUCACACAUCUUAGUGACUCCAAAUUAUAUUAAGAUGGAUCGCAGCUUAGAUGAGAUUAUCGCCGAACGUCCUAAUCAGAAUCAGAACCGUGGUCGUCGCCAACCACAGAAUCGUCGCCGUGAUGGCGUGAAAAAGCCCUACAGAGAUGAGCGCGUUGAUUUAGAUCGCGAUUGGGUCCACGACAAGUUCGAAGACGACAGAGAUGGUGCGUUUGUUGAUUCCACGGUCAUGUCGCCAUUCAUGCCUCCCGCGUUUUUAACGGUUCAUCUUAGCCCGUCCGUACCGUUCCCAGCGACGUACCCAUGGUGACCAAUAUUCGUCGUCCCUCGAUCAGUAUGCCGUUCUUUUCAAUCUGACGAAGUGUAUGCCAAGCAAACACUAA